GAUCAUUUCAAAAUCGUCGAAGAGUUUGCCCCAUUUGCCCACUGUAUCAACUCUAUGAUUUGCCAUAGGUUACGGUGAUUUACAAGGCUCAACGCGUUCACACAGCAUUGUCAAAACCUAAACCACCCCUUCCGCGGAGAACUAUAUGCCGAGGACGUGUACCGCGUUUUGUGAUGUUUUAGAUUGCCCCAAUGGGCCUGGUAGAGCUCGGGAAACUCAGAGUGAACUUGGAGUCUGUGCCUACCAUCUCCUGCCGCGCUUGGAACCACGACGUUCACUGUGGCUCACCGCAGUGCCAUUUCGAAGCGAGCGAACAAAACAACGGAGAGUGUGCUCGCUGCAUUUUCGUCGAGAGGAUUACACAUGCGACCCUGUCUUGUUCAGGUCGCUCGGUGUCGACUUAAGACCUUCGCUUAACUUGGACGCUGUCCCUUCGUUGCUGGGAUAUGAUCGGCAAGCAUUGUUUCAAACGGCCGAGGUUUCGGGCACUGACAGCUGCCACAAACAGAAAUAUGCAGACCUUCUGGAGAGUCAGCACGAGUCAUCACGCAUUCACGAUAUGGCAACUCAAGCUAAUGUGUUCACAAGGACCAUAGGCGUCCAAGGACCCAUAACAGUGAAGCGAACCAAAACCCAAGCAGUGCAGACCAGUGCGCCAGUCAGUACCACGUUUGUCUGUCACUGCAAAAGGAGCGGCAGAGGAGCAUGGUGCGGCAGUGCAGCGUAA